UCGAGUUUAAUACUUGUAAGUCAAGUUGAGACGAUGGUUCGUACUUUUGAUAGUGUGUUGCUCUUGAUAGCGGCUACGUUCGUAGCGGGAUGCUGUGCGCUCUCCAUUCAGAAAGGAAGCGAGAAUUCAAAUUCGGACGCAUUGGCAACGAACAAUGAAUCGUGUGGACACCGUUACUAUGAAAGUGAUUUUCCUAUUAAUGCUCGUUUGUAUGAGCAUCCCUGGCUUGUACAAUUCGGCUAUAAACAAGGCGAUGUUGUGAGUUAUGUUUUUCAAGGUCUCUUGAUACACCCACAAUAUGUGCUGACCACGGUGUUUGUGGCUCAGUUUAGCGAUUUGGGUAAACUCACAUAUGCACGUGUCGGUGAACAUAAUACCUCCACCGUAACCGAUUGUGAGAAGCAGACCUCAACGGAAGAAAUAUGUGCCCCCCUAGUGCAAACAAUUCAUAUCGAUGAAGUAAUUGUUCAUCCCGACUAUAACAUGUUUCAGCAAACAAAUGACGUUGCUCUUGUAAAGCUAAGGAUUCCCGCUUCUAUCGAUGGUGUCUCCGUAGCUCCGAUCUGUCUAAACCGUGAAGCAAACAUGCAAAGUUCUUUCCUACUAGUAGCGGCAUGGUGCGGACGCAGAGAAACCGGAUUAUCGCUGGUACCGAAACAAUACUUUAUGCAAGCCAUUACUCCUUACGAGUGUCAACGUAUAAUGCCCCAUUACACCAUAUCGCUAGCGAAUGAAAUGUUUUGCAUUGUGUUUGAUGAAAGACACACGAAACCAACCGACGUAGCACAAGAACCUAAUCUACGGGGAGGAAGUGGUGCCCCUGUUUACACGGUGCAUGAUGGAAAUAGAAUUUUACUGAUUGGUUUACUUUCCUUUGGACCACGUUACCCAGCAAAAUUGCACGAACCGUACAUCAUAACACCCGUAGCUCCGUUCUACAAUUGGAUUUCGGAAAUAAUUGAAGCAGAUCAAGAAAAACGCGUGUACACGACGUUGAAUUAACGUCGGUUAGCGAUAACAACACAGAAGCAAUAUAAGCUGAACUCGGGAAAUCCCGGAGUACAUGUAUUCAAAACAUGGGAUUCACUAUCAAUAAAUGAAGUUGUUUAUUAUUUGAAUCCAUCAUCCAAA